AUGUUUCUCAAAUUGACAAUUCUAGCUUGCCUGGCAAUUAGCAGUGCCAUCGCAGAGCCCAAUCUCGAACAUGCUCAGCUAUCCUACGGAUCACAUCUUCUGGGGGGAAUCAAUCCCGAGCUGUACAUCUCAACCAAAGCGCUCUCACCACUUCAGUACACGUCGAGCUUCCCGGCCGUUUACGCGACCCAGCUGCUAGCUGGUCCAGCCCACAAAGCCGUGAAGCCGAUCGUUAGUGCUCCGCUUCAGUAUGCAGCAACCCUUCCGCGCCCACUCCGCUUUCGUACGCUGCGCCAUCAUUUCACAACCAACCAUACGCUUCGUACGCAGCCGCUCCUGUUCACACCACCCUGGCCUAUGGUGCCGGCGGAGCCACCACCGCCACCACCACUGGCGGUCUCGGUUACGCAUCAGCCCCAGCAGCCCUCAAUUACGCCGCUUUUGCCGCCAACGCACAAGCACUCGGAGGUGGUGGCUACACCGCGCAAGCACUGGACACCAUUCUGGGACGAUCUGCCGCCGAGCUCUACGGUCGAGGCGUUCCGUUUGCGUACCCGGCCCAGACGGCGCCGACCGCCGGUGCCGCCGGUGGUUCCGCGAGUCAGGAAGCAACGCGCCAAAUCGCCUUACAACUUUCUCCGGGUUAUCAUCCGGCAGCGUCCGUGGCCGAAACACGCGCUCAAGCUCGGUCGGAUCGUCAGUAGAAUUCGCUGGCUGGAGCAGUAUCUGGUGCACAAGCGUCACCCCUGAAACAAGCAAAACCGGCGGCGUCAGCCGAUGAACACAAGACUGGAUGGAUGGACCGGGUGGUGUAAUGUUAGUGUUUUGUAUUUAUUUAUUUUGAACUAAUAAAAGAGUGUAGGUAACUUAAAAUUUGUUUGUUUACAAGUGUCAAGUUUGACCAUUUUGGUUUCUUUAUUCUUGGUUUUUAUUAAGAAUCAUGACGACAUAAUUGUAAUUGAAAAUAUUGACUGACACUAACUACUAAAGUGGUCCAUCUUUUUGGUCAUGACGGAGAUAACUGCUCAUCUUUCGAGUCACUUAAUGUACCAGGUGAAUUAAUUCUUGGCGUUUCACGAAAGAUGCCGUUAGCCAACUGUUUUGCAGUAUCCAACACGUCCAUGUUUGUACCUGAAAAUAGAUUUUGCAUUUCUUCAACAUAUA